GUGUGAAUCAGCUUCCGGGAGCAGAGCUGGAGAGAGAUGAGGAGGAUGGAUGAGGCGCGCCGUGUGACGCUUUAACACGAGGAAUUAUUCUUUUUAUUCUGUUAUUGUUGUUCUUAUUAACGGGAUCCGGUUGAGCGCCAGGACGAGAAGAAGAAGAAGGAGGAGAAGGAGGAGGAGGAGGAGGAGAGGGAGAACAGGAGGAAGGACAGAGCAUCCAUCAUCUUCGGGCAAACCGUCGAUGUGUUAUUAAUCACUGUGUCUGUGGGAGCUGUUACACGACCUGACACACGCAACCCGGUGCUGUUGAGACGCGGUUAUCUCACUGAAGCUCGGUAUCACAGCCGGUUCCGUUAGUACCGGAGGUGUGGAUGGGAAAGAGCGCCGCGCGGCCUCGAUACGCUCCAGAGCGCAGACGGAGUAAUAGAGUAAUAACCGCGCGUAAUAACGGAUAAAAUAACAUCAAUAAUAAUAAUAAUUAAUAAUAAUAAUAACAGACAGGGGAAGCAGCGAACAUGUCGGGUCAGACGUUAACGGACCGAAUCGCCGCGGCGCAGUACAGUCUGACCGGGUCCGAGGUGGCACGCGCUGUGUGUAAGGCCACCACGCAUGAAGUAAUGGCACCCAAGAAGAAACACCUAGAGUAUCUGAUUCAGGCCACACAGGAGACGAAUGUGAACAUCCCUCAGAUGGCCGACACUUUGUUUGAGCGAGCAGGGAACGCCAGCUGGAUCGUGGUGUUUAAGGCUCUGGUCACUACACACCACCUCAUGGUCAACGGAAACGAGAGAUUUAUCCAGUUUCUUGCCUCCAGAAACACGCUCUUCAACCUCAGCAACUUCCUGGAUAAGACGGGAUCACACGGUUAUGACAUGUCCACCUUUAUCCGGCGCUACAGCAGGUAUCUGAAUGAAAAAGCGUUUUCUUACAGACAGAUGGCCUUUGACUUCGGCAGAGUGAAAAAAGGAAACGAUGGUGUGAUGCGGACGAUGGCUACAGAUAAACUCCUGAAAGGCAUGACCACGCUGCAGAAUCAGAUCGACGCCCUGCUGGAGUUUGAGGUUCAUCCUAAAGAUCUGGUCAAUGGUGUCAUCAACGCUGCAUUUUUACUUCUCUUUAAGGAUCUGAUUAAAUUAUAUGCCUGCUACAAUGAUGGAAUUAUUAAUUUACUAGAGAAAUUUUUCCAGAUGAAAAAAGGUCAGUGCAAAGAUGCUUUAGAAAUCUACAAAAAGUUCCUGACACGAAUGACCAGAGUUUCAGAGUUCCUCAAAAUUGCAGAGCAAGUGGGAAUUGAUAAGAGCGAUAUUCCUGAGCUCACUCAGGCACCUGAGAGUCUGUUGGAGUCUCUGGAGACACACCUGAACACACUGGAGGGGAAGCGGGGGUCACCAACUAAGAAGAGUUCUUCAGUCAGUAAUGGAACUCCUGCAGGAACUCCAGUGAAAACUGUGAAUGAAGUUCCUGCACCAGCAGAAGCUGAGAGCUCGAGUGCAACAACAGCUACAGUGGGUGGAUUCAGUGAGUUGGUGGAUUUUGAUUUAUUAGCUCCGAGUGCAGGCGCUUCAGCAGCUCCGACGUCUGCGUGGGGAGAUCUCCUGGGUGAAGCCGCUGCAGUUAGUUCUUCAUCUGCGCUCCUCUCUGAGUCUGAGUCUGUUGCUCCUGCUGAAGUUGUUGAAGCUGAACCUGCAGCUAAUGCUAAUGCUACUGCUCUGCCAUGCGCUGGGGCUAAUGCUAAUGCUAGCAUUGCCGCUCCUGCUCCGACCUCCUCCCUGUCAGACGUGGACCUGUUCGGAGAUGCAUUUGCCCCAUCCCCGAGUGAGGGCGGCGCUCCAACAGUGGCUGCUAUUGCAUUUACUGGUUCUGACCCCUGGGCUCCCUCUGAGGGGAGUAUGGAAAUCGCCCCAGGGCUCGACCUUUUUGCCAUGAAGCCAGCAGAGGGCAGCACUGAGAGCCCCACUAACGAAGAGCCCAGCACCUCGCCCACUGUCGCCCCUGAAAAUGCCCCUGAAAACACCCCUCCUACUCCCUCUGUCCCAACCACAGAGUCUGCGGCCCCCCCGGCCCCCUCAGCCCCCUCGGCCCCCUCGGCCCCCUCAGCCCCUGCGACGCUAGACAUCUUUGGCGAUAUGUUUGAUUCUGUGCCUGAACAAAAUGCCUCCUCAGAGCCCAAAGCUGCUGUAACUCCCACUAACGUAGAUCUGUUCGGUGCAGAUCUUCCUGCUGUCUCUCGAGGCCCUUCACCUUUACCUGAUGCUUCAAUUACUGCUGAUCUGUUAUCUGACUCGUUUAUUAGUCCGACAACGACUUCCUCUGUUGUUGCCGCUCCAGUGUCUCCACCCAAAACUGAAGCUCCUGUGUUGGACCUGCUGGAUACAUUUGGAGAACCUGUGGUGGAACCCCAGACUUCUUCAUCUACAGGGGAUUUGCUUGGAGGUUUGAUUUCCCCUGUUGCCCAAACCGCCACUCCUGUUCCUGUGGUAACCACAGCAUCUGUUGGCCCAAGCAACUUGCUGGAUUCAGGCUUUGAUGCUUUUGCUAUGCCUUCUGACACCUCUGUGACCUCUGACCCUCUGCCAGCUUCUACAGCACCCUCUGGAGGAUUCGAGGCCUCAGUGUUUGAUGGAUUAGGGGAUCUCCUUAUGCCCUCCAUAACCCCUCAGAGUACUGGUGGCAGUAGUACUCCUAUAGUUCCUGCAGCAUCUCCUAUGGUUGCUGCAGGGACUGUUCCUCUUGCAGCCCCAGCAGCCACACCCACUGCCACGCCUGCCAUGAUGCCCACCAGCGGCAUGCCUGCUAAAGCCAUCAGUAUAGAUCUGGACGAAUCGCUCGCAAACCUGGUUGGAAAUCUGGGAAUGGGAAGCCAAAAAAAGGAUGGUGAGAAGAAGUUGACCGGUGGAAUGAACUGGACCCCUCAGGUUGCCCCCACCAGCUGGGGCACUUCACCCAUGGCUGGUGCAACAUCUGGAGCACCGUCUACUGGAGCCAUGCAUCCACCCAUGGGGACGCAGCCUGCAUUCAGCCUGCCCCCUGCAGGAGGUGCUGGAGCUCCUAUGAUGCCUCAGCAGAUGAUGAUGGGACAGUCGAUGAUGAGGCCUCCCUUCGCAGCAGCAGCUGCACCUCUGUCUCCAGGUCCUGCAGCUCCGAGCCCCAAGAAGCCGCCGACUAAAGACCCAUUGGCCGACCUUAACAUUAAAGACUUCUUAUAACCUGUAAGUGAUUUUGGACUUGGCUCAGUUGAAAGCUGAUUUGCUGAUCGUUUACACCCACAUACACCUGAAGAUCCUGCAGUUAGCCCCUCCCCUUAUUUCAUAUCCACACCCCGUUCCUCCUCUCUGCGCUGUGUAUGUCGUAGCAAAAUCUGUGAAGUGAACUGUAGAGAAAAAAAAGAAAAAUAUAGAUAGAUGGAGAGAGAGCGUGAGUGUGAGAGACGGAGUGCUUUAUCUUGAUGUGAUAUUUUGUUUUAAUGAAAAUUAAACAGGAAAAAAUGAAAACGUAUAAAUAUUCAAAUGUGUAGCGUUUUUUGCAAAGUGUUUCCUGUUUUGUGUGUGAUUGUUGAGUGUUGGAGCAGUGUGUAACGUGUCCUUGCAGAAGGUUUUGCUCUCCUCUAUCUGUGUAUCUGUGGACGAUGUGAAUCUGGUUAUUAAACGAUGAUGUGACACUGCUGUUGGUUCUACACAUCUAUGUUAAUGAGUAGAACUUCAUGACGUUUACAUAUUCAGUAGAAACUCAUACCUGGGCUUGCACAUUCUCCCUCUUACUGGUUCCUUUUCAGAGUGUCGACACAGUAUUUGCUCCCUACGGUUCAUUUCUGGUCAGGUUUCAUCACUGAAAGGUUUUUAUGACAAUGUGAUGGAGCAGAUGUUUUUAAAUUGAAACACCUCACACUUUUAUGUGACAGUUUCGGCUGUGUGCAGUAACACUUUGUAACACUCCAGAUGUCAUCUGAUUCAAAUCUGUAAUGAUUGACACAUGGUAAGGAGGGCGGAGCUUAAGUUAAAUAUGUGCAGCCAAUCAUAUUGCAUUUCCAAAAAAUGUUACCGUCAUGAGCAGCAAAUACAAUUCUAUGUAAAUUCUGAUUCAUCGUGAAUUAAAAGCAGCAUUUUAUAAAAACGUUAGUAAAACUGUUAGUAGCUCACUGUAAGAAGAUACGAUUGAGCUGAGGAUGAAACAUACUUUAAACUGAUGAUUCUCGCUGUACACAGUGUGGGAGAGACACUAGAGUUAAUGACGGAAGCAUUGACAGGAAACGGUGUUUUAAUUGAAUCAUGGUUGUGCUCCUGUAAAAGCGUGAAGCUCCAUACACCUCGUCCUUAAAGUUUACAUUUCUAUUUAUAGUAAAUAUUUACUUUCAUUUCUUGUAUUUUUCUCCUGUGUGAAAUAACCACAUGUGCUAAAGUGUGUUGUAAGGAAUUACCCAUGAUCCUCUGCGUUCCAACAGUGUUUUUAGCGUUUUCUUGUUGACUUAACUUCACAUCAUGCAAGGUUCAGAGUGUGUAUUUUUUAUCACAGUGAGAACUUCCUAGUUAGUGUGUUAAUUAGUAAGAGCUACAGUGUGAGGUGAUGAUGGCUGAAGGGAAGCAGAGCGUUAAAUACAGUGCUGGAACACAGGCAUGAGGAACUGAAGGAAUGUGGAUGAUUAAACACACACACAUACACACAACCUCACACAUACACACAACAGCACACACAUACAAACAACCUCACUCACACAUACACACAUCCUUACACACACAACCACACACACACAAAAGAUGUACACACACACACACACACACAACUGCAUAUACACACACAACCAAAUACACACACAACCGUACACACACACACAGCUAUAUACACACAAUCGCAUACACAAAUACACAACCAUACACACACACAGCCGUAUACAUACACAGACCCGCAUACACCCACACAACUGCAUACACACAAACACACACACAACCGUAUACACACAACCAAACACAAACACACACACCCGCAUAAAUACAGUAUACACACAUACUGAAGUUUCGAUGUUGUUCUUUGAUCAUCUGUGGACCUAAUGGAAGAUUAUAUAUAUUAAGUUUAUUUUCUCAAUGAGUUUAUUUAUUUAUAAAUGUAUUUCUAUGUAUUUCUAAAUAUAUUUAUUUUCCUUGAUUUCGUCAUAUCUUUCUGCUCCCCAACCCAGUGCAUGUAUACCUUUUGA